UGUGACUAAAGGUGUCAACAAUCAUUCUUCUAUCCAAUCAAUAUCAUCAAACUCUUCACUUUACUCUCUCUCUCACUCAUAAUGGCCUCAUUCUCUCUUCCCCACUCCGCCACCUACUUUCCUUCCCACUCUGAAACCUCACUUAAACCUCACUCCGCCGCUUCCUUCACCGUCCGUUGCACCUCCGCCUCUCCCGCCGUUCCUCCACAGACUCCACAGAAACCCCGUCGUUCACCCGAUGAGAACAUUCGAGACGAAGCUCGUCGCCGUCCUCAUCAACUCCAAAACCUCUCCGCACGUUACGUCCCUUUCAACGCUCCACCUUCUUCAACAGAAUCCUACUCCCUCGACGAGAUCGUCUACCGUUCACAAUCCGGUGCUCUCCUCGACGUCCAGCAUGAUUUCGCCGCCUUGAAACGCUACGACGGAGAAUUCUGGCGUAACCUUUUCGAUUCUCGCGUCGGUAAAACAAAUUGGCCGUACGGAUCAGGCGUGUGGUCGAAGAAAGAGUGGGUACUCCCCGAGAUCGACGAUGACGACAUCGUCUCUGCUUUUGAAGGAAACUCAAAUCUCUUCUGGGCUGAGAGAUUUGGUAAACAGUAUCUGCAAAUGAACGAUCUUUGGGUGAAACAUUGUGGAAUCAGCCACACUGGCUCCUUUAAAGAUCUGGGCAUGAGUGUUCUCGUUUCUCAGGUGAAUCGUCUCCGGAAAAUGAACAAACCAGUCAUCGGAGUUGGUUGCGCUUCUACUGGAGAUACCUCCGCUGCUCUCUCUGCUUACUGUGCUUCCGCUGGAAUCCCCUCGAUUGUCUUCUUACCUGCGGAUAAAAUCUCCAUGGCUCAGCUUGUGCAGCCGAUUGCAAACGGAGCGUUUGUGCUUAGUAUUGACACUGAUUUUGACGGAUGUAUGCAUUUGAUCAGAGAAGUUACGGCGGAGCUUCCUAUUUACUUGGCGAACUCUCUCAACAGCCUCCGUCUCGAAGGUCAAAAGACGGCGGCGAUUGAGAUUCUGCAGCAGUUUAAUUGGCAAGUUCCUGAUUGGGUCAUUGUUCCUGGAGGCAAUCUUGGUAACAUCUAUGCGUUUUACAAAGGGUUUCAUAUGUGUAAAGAGUUAGGUCUUGUUGAUCGUAUCCCUAGGCUUGUUUGUGCUCAAGCUGCUAAUGCAAAUCCACUUUACUUGCAUUACAAAUCUGGGUUUAAAGAAGAUUUCAAUCCAUUGAAAGCAAACACUACAUUUGCUUCUGCUAUUCAGAUUGGUGACCCUGUUUCGAUUGAUAGAGCUGUGUAUGCGUUGAAGAAAUCUAAUGGGAUUGUUGAGGAAGCUACAGAGGAAGAGUUGAUGGAUGCAACAGCUCUUGCUGAUUCUACUGGUAUGUUUAUAUGUCCACAUACUGGUGUUGCAUUGACGGCGUUGAUGAAGCUGAGAAAGUCAGGAGUUAUUGGAGCGAAUGAUCGGACUGUGGUGGUGAGUACAGCUCAUGGAUUGAAGUUUACACAAAGUAAGAUUGAUUAUCAUUCUAAGAACAUAAAGGAGAUGGCUUGUAGAUUGGCGAAUCCACCAGUGAAGGUUAAGGCAAAGUUUGGUUCAGUUAUGGAUGUUCUCAAGGAGUAUUUGAAGAGCAAUGAUAAAUAAGCUUUGUGUGUUUGUUUCUUCUAAAGCUCUUCACGUCCUAUGAUGAUAUUGUUGGCUUUGUUAUUAGAGGAAGUAAUGAAAUUUCGUUUCUUUGGACUUGUGGAAUAAAACGACUGGUUGGUUCCGUGAUGCUCGCUAGUUGUUUCAUAUCAAACUACUACUGAGUUUUACAUAUGCUCUUAACAAAAGUACUCACGACCUGUCUUUUAACCUCUUCUUUUAAAUCUUUUAAGAAACAAUAAACUUAUCUAGAAAAUUAACUUCAAGAAUUUUUUUCAUCUUAUUUAAAACCAAAAGAACUCAAAAUUGAGUUAACAUUAACAUUGGGUCAAAAACUUAACUAGAACAUAAGAAAAAACUCCCAAGUAAUACAAAUUUAAAACGUUCCUCUUCUUCUAGGUAGUCUUCUUACUUUAGGGAGUAAAACUAGGUGAUCUAGUUCCACGAGCAGUCUCUUCCUUCAUGCACUACCAAAGGUUCAAGCCUUCAACAGAAGGUACAACGGCCCUGAUUACCACAACGGCCAGGAAAAGGCCAAGUACUUCCACUGCGAAUCGGUUCAGCCUUACCAACUACAAGAUCCCAUCCUCCCACGUCAUGUCUACCAAGUUCCAACGCCUUCUCUGCUCCUUCUUUCAGAUCAAUGUAAGCAUAUCCUAAGGAACCACCGGUUCCGUGGCUUGGGGGAACAAAUACGCGUGUGAUCUCCCCAAAAGAACUGAAAUAUUUACUCAAUGCGCUCUUUAUAUCAUCCACAGGAAGGGAAGCGUCAAAUCCCGUAACAGAGAACGAUCGACCAUUGACACCAACAGAAAAUAAAGAAUCUUUAGCAGCUGGCUUGACACCAACAGAGAAUAAAGAAUCUGGCUUGAAACCAGCAGAG